UUUUUAUUGCACGCGCAACCAUAUAUCAGUGGUAGCACCACAGCUGGUUUUAUUACACUUCGGCAUUGUUCAAGACAAAAACUCGUUUGGUUUUAUACACAAAGGGCAAAAUGGACGAGACUACAAGGCCCUAUUAUGGAGAAGAUAGCCCAUUAAAGGUACAAGCAAUUAAAUUUUCUUUAUAGUUUGUUUAGAAAAUGCUCAUUAAUUGAAACUUAAGGGGCGCAAUAUGCAGUAUAAAUAGGUUGGCUUAAUAUAUUCAUUAUUUGUGGUGUUUGUUUUUAUAAAAGAUCGGAAAAUUGCGAUAUUGUGCAAGUUUUUGAAGUGUUUUAUGUUAUAUUAAAUGCUUCCUUGAAGUGAAUAUGAAUAUAAAUGAUUUCCUCUUGAACAUGGCUGCUAAAAUAUUACAACUAUUUGCAAAUCAAGUAGCUGAUUAUAUAUAAGGGCCAUGUCCAUAUUCAAGUUGCCAUAUAAAAAGUCAAAUUGAUUUCUUUACUAAAUCACCCACACAGCCUUGAAAUAUCAAGCAUGGCAUAGCUUAUCGCAAGAUUCUUAGCCACUCCCCUCCCCCUUGGUCAUGGCUGCCAAGAGGUUGCGCGCGGGCCAUGGCUAAACUUUCCCGGGGUCCCUCUGAUGUCAUAAAAUAUUCCAAAUAUGGCCCCUAUGAUGUUCAGUUAUAAUUGUAAAACGUGAGAAACGGUGUUUUACAGUAAUGUAUAUAUUUACACUCCGGCAAUGAGAAUGUACAUUCUCGGUUAAUAAGCAACUUGUAUCAAGAAAUUCUAAGGGAAUUCUUUGUCGCUUUGGGGGGCCUUUAUGAGCUGGGAGCCGGGGGGGAAUGCCACCCUCUCUUGGUAACCCUGCCCAUGGUAGAAUGAUUGCUAGAUAAAACUGCAUAUCCUAACAAAUGCCCAACAGUUUCCUUGACAUAAUUCACAGAACUCACAACUUUGCAGAGAAGUUAAGAGUGAGAUUGGGGAUGAUGUGGAUGACACCUUUGUAAAAGUCCGGGGGUCUGAAAUGGCAUUUCAUACAUGAGAGUUCGUGUUUUUUAAUGAAAUACGUCACUGCUUCAUAACUUCCUUUAAGACAAGGCACUUUAGUUACAAUAACUGUAUUUCUGUGACAUACAAUAAUGAGCUUUAAUUUGCCUUUGAUAAUUUACAUAUAGAAUUCUGCUCCAACUGAUUCUGCCUUUUGUCUGCCGUAUUUACAUAUCCGUACUAUUUUGUAUCCAAAUUGCGGGCAAAAGCCAAAAUGUCGGGCCGUUUAUGCAGGAACAAUAACACACGAUUAUAUAUUCAAUUUGUGAUCCGUAUGAUGAUUAAUUAAUUAAUAAUGUGCAUUUAAGAAUACAAUAUUAUAUUUAUUUAUUGAAAAAAUACUAUGAAACUGCUAUAUGCGUGAGAUUUACAAAACGUGGCGUGAGAGUGAAGCGAAUUACGCGAGACUCAACCGAAUGUGUGACAGUUGGGUCUGGAUUCAUCCCAGUUAGCCCAGCUCAUAUGACCAGCCCAAACAAGAUAAUUGUGGUUUAAUACCCAUUUAAUGCCCAACGUUACACUUUCCCUUUGAUGAAUAAAAUCAUCCGUUGUUAGUCAAAAGUAAAUAUCCUAGUAUUAGGCAGUAUUGACAAGUAAAAUCGCCUGGUGUUAGACAAAUAAAAUAACGGGUUAAAGUUUCUCUAAUGUUUAAUAUUUCCUUCCUAGACAAUGCUUCUUCGAAUCUGGUUUGGCAUAACAUUCCUUGCGGUUUUGGUAAGGUUAAAUGUGCCUUCACUACAGUACAUUCACUCUAUGCCAGAGCAAAAUAAUGAUGCAACGUUUUAUGUCUAUUGUCUCUUCACACUAAACCAUUAUUAGAGUUCAGUACAGAUUAUCAAAACGACAUCCGAUAGUGAAAAACAAUUUAAUUCAAAAAUAGAAAAAAAUAAGAAAAGAUACCGAGUAAUAAAAAAUAAAUUUAGAAAGAUAAUAAAAAAAAUGCUAAAGUGGAGCAAUAUAAAGACGGUACCACCGUUCACACGAAUCAGCCAAGCAUUUAGAAACCAUGCUCGAAUUGUUACGACAUUUUCAAGCAAUUUUGCUCCAGCGUAAUGUGAACAUACUGUAGUCUCAAAUUAACACUGUGUGACAAUCUCUAAAUUAUUAUAUUAUGUAAUAUAAUUUUUUGUAGAUUGCCUUCAUCCUGGGUCUGGUAAAAGCAAAAGAUGACGCAGUGAUGUAUCUACUGGUCGUCAAUUUACUAGGUAUAUAAUUUACAGAGAUAUAAACAGUAUUGUUCAAAUUUCUUCUUUCUGUGUGUAUACGGUAGAUACAAUGAUGACAUUGCAUUACUAAAGCCCCAGUCAAACAGGCCUUAAAAUAUCUUUUACAGGGCAGUCGGACAAAUGUCCGAUGACUUCAGUUCAGUUUGGGUCGGAAAGAAGUCUGAAUGACGCAAAUUAAUAUCAGCAUAAUGUAUUCAUUCUGAACUAAAUGUUGUGAAGAUAUGAAAUAAUUUGUGUCAUUCAUACUUAUUUCCAAGCCAAAAUUAACUUGCUUGCCAAUGAUAGCAGUACGACUUCGAUAACUUAAGCCUGUUUUCUACCUCGACAUUUCACUCGCCGCCCCGCAACAUUUUCGGUUCAUUUUUAUACAAACUCUGGUUCUGGACUAGGGUACUGUACAUUUUUAUUUACGUGCGUGGAGAAAGCAUCAGACAAAGCUACAGUUUAGUCGGACACCAAUACACUCGGGUCGGACAAACAAUAAACCUCAGUUUCACUUAGGUCGGACAGAAUGUCCAGUGGUUUCUUCUGUAUGUCGGACAAUUUGAUGAAUGGUUCGGACAAUGUCCGUGACCGACUGAUAUUUUAAGGCCUGCAGUCAAACAAGAGUUGAUGAGAGUUGCAAGUUUCCAACUCUCAUUCACGUUUGAUCACAAACUCUCAUCAACCGUGCAUGGUAACAUCCACUCAACUCUCAUCAACAGUCAUGCAACUUUUGUUCUCGAUUGACUGGGGUCAUGAGCAUGGGCGUACCGGAAGGAAAAAUUUAGGGGGGCGGUAUGCCCGACUUUUCCGGAUUUUGCCCGACAAGUACCCAAAAAACUUUUUCCGGAAUUUAUUUUUGCGACCUUCCCCAUCGCCAAAAAAAAUUCGGUCAGUGUACCAUUUUAGGUGUCAACAAAUUUUUUCCGACAGCUACCAAAAUUUUUCGGAACAAUAUAACAAAAAUUUUCAAAACAAAAAUUUACCACAAAAUUUACAGAAUUUGUCUCAAUUAUUUUUAUAAUAAACCAAAAUUGCCCGACUGUUGAGCGAAUAUUGCCCGACUGCCCAACAAACUGGGGGGCUGCCGCCCCGCCCGGUACGUCCCAUGGUCAUGAGAGUUGAGAAAACUCUUACUGCAAAAACCCUCGCUUCUCAACUCUCAUUCUUGUUUCACUGCGGCUUGAUUAAGAAGUAGUAAAUAAAUUUAAUAUGUGGUUUGAUUUCCUUUUAGUGAGUGGAAUAAUUGGUGCCAUGAUUGUAAGUACAACUGAUCAAUUGGUAGUUAUUAUGCAUUGGGAGUAUUAUAUUUUUAUUUUGUGUGUGUUCUACUCGGGUGAAUAAUUUUUAUUUUUAAAUGUCCAAUGAUUGUUUUUUUUGUCCUUGCAGGCUUGGUGGUUUCAUAAAGGAAGCAUUGUAAGUAUAAUCAGAAUAAAAUCCAAGUUUUAAUUUUAGCCUUAAUUAUGAUUGAAUGAUAUCACAUGUCAUAUGAUAUAUCAUACAUGUGACAUCAUGUCACAUGUAGAGGCAUGUAUGUAACAUCACAUGAUACCAUGUGACAUUGUCACAGGACAUGUGAGUUCAUCACCAUAUCAUAUGUUAUGUUGACAAUUUGACAUGCACUGGACCAUGUGAUAUGUCAAGCCUAAAAAAAAUACCUGUGGUUCCAGUUCCCGACCGACCCUAUUUUUUUCUGCCGACCCUAUUUUCUCCGGGUGGUUGAUGGCUGCUGCCAAAAUGGCGGCGUCUGUUUUCACACUACAGUAAUUAUUGAAAAAACCAUGAAAAAAUAUUCCAAAAAAAUUUAUUUCCGACCGUAAUUUUUUUUGCAAUAUGAAACCGGAACCACAGGUAUUUUUGUUUUAGGCCUCAUGAUUUGUCACAUGUAGACUUGUAGCAAUGCUGUUCCAACAACUUGUCAAGGUUGUUGAGCUCAACAGACUUAUUACACUAAUAAUUUUCACAAACAUACAAAGAACUUAUUACAAGUUGUUCCGACAACAACAUCGUCCUGUAAUUCAACAAGUUGUGAGUGACAACCUUGUAGCAACUUAAUGUAAUGCAGCAUUGUUACAACUUGUUGACAAGCUUCAUGCUACAAGCCUGUGGCAAGUACAUCUUCAGUUGACAAGUUGCGAUUUUCACAUGUGUUAUGUUACAGCAGUUGUAAUGUACUGGUAUGGUACAUUACCAUCUGAACUACCUUCAAAAAAUUUCAGGCAGUCCAGACACUAACAAUUAUCAGUUUAUUGUAUAACACUACCUGUACCGUACAUACAUUAGAUUGUCAUUUUUGAGAUAUACAAUAGUUCACUAAUAAUUUAUAUUUUUUUCAGAAAACCCAAAGUCUGGUGUUUGUCCUUUUUGUUGGCAUGUGUAUUGUAUUUCAAGCAAUUGUAUCUGAUGUGUACAUCUACCACAAUCCCAAUUCAUCUAGUAGCAAUGAUGUGAACCCGGCUAAUGUCAAUAAUGCAACUACUAUUAGUCCAUCAACUACAAUUAAACUUGUGGUUCAAAUGUCGAAGAGUCAGAAUGGAAUCUGAACAAGACUCGUACAAACAUUAAGUACUCACAGUUUAUAAAUAAUAAAUUAACUAAUAAGUUUCCAUCAAUUAGUUAGCCUCCUAACUUGAGUCAGCAAGUGCCUGCCUUGCGCCAAUCAACACUAGAUUCCCCGUAUUACGUUUUCGUAGCGCUUUGCAUUGUGGGUUAUAGUGGUAUCACUGAUAUUCAAGAUGGCUUAUUUUUUGUCCUGACCCAUGCAAGAACUCUUAAAAAAAAGCUAGGGUCAGGUCGCAAUAGUCAAGGGUGGGUAGUAGCGAAGUAGUUGUAGUUCGCUACUGUAGCGAACUACAAUUUUCAAGUAGCCAGUAGUUUUUGACUACUUUUUUAAAACAGUAGCUGUAGUUCUAGCGAACUACAUUUUGCCUAAAAGUAGCCAAGUAGUUGACUACUUUUCAAGCAGCGAAUCGCUAUUCGCUACUUUUUAAAAUUGUUAGCAACUUGAUAGAAUAGCAUGAUAUUGAGACACGGUUUGCUUAAAAUCAAUACUCAAUAGUCAAUUUGCACUCUUCAACACUGUAGUGCUUACAAAAAACGUUGCUUUGUGUUUACUGUUGCUACUCGUAAAUCGAUUUGUUAUAGAUUACAUUUCAGCCAUAGUAGAUGCUCCAAAUACAGUAAAACUAAAAAAUAUGGCGUAGCGAAAUAGCGAAAUACUUCGCUACAUUUUUUAAGCAGUAACUGUAGUCAGUAGCGAACUACCUUUGUUCAAAAGUAGCAGUAAUUGUAGCGGACUACAUAUUUUUGAAGUAGCUGUAGUUAUAGCGAACUACAAAAAUGUUGUAGUCAACCCACCCUUGGCAAUAGCCAACAGCAAAAUAUUAGCGAAAACAUUCAGUAUUUUCAUUCAAAGCCGCUAUCUUUAUCAGUGAUACCACUAUAAGCACAAUGCAAAGCGCUACGAAAACGUAACAAGGCAAAUCAUCAAUUAAUUAACCAUUUUUUUAGUGGCAGCAUUUUCCCUAUGAGGAGUAAAUUAAAUAAUCUGGCUAACGCCAGAGUAAAAUAAUAAACAGGGUGCAUUGGCACUUAAUGGUUAACAGGAUGCUUGGUAGUCUGAUUAAAUCAUUGAGUGGCAGCACUCUCCCCUUGACAAAUACAUAAAUUGUCUGGUAUUAGCCAGUAGGGUUGAAUAAAAAAUCAGCAGAGCACAUUGCCACUUAAAGAGUUAAUCAAUUGAUAUAUGGUUUGGAAACUCGACUAACAAGCCGUGAAUUUUGCUUAUUAGUAUUUCAACAACAUGACUGAGGUAAUACCAUUGGAUAAUUGUUUCAAAUGUUACAGUAUGCCAAAAAAGUUUGCAUAAAUAAGAAGAUAGAAUAAGGCUCUAUUUCUUGAUUGACUUGACAACUGUGACCACAGCCUCGUGCCCAGUGUCUCCGCCUACCCCCAGCUGCGGGGGACAAUGGUAUUGCCUGGUCAUGUGGUUGAGCCCACAUGCUACAGCAUACCCAGUAGAGGUAGGACUUAUGAAAAAAAUCUAAAGCCCAGUUCAAGCGAGUCCAACAUCAUCGAAAAUUGUUGGCACAAGGUUGGAUGAAAAUGUUAACAUAAAGUUUUGUAGUCAAACUCAAUCCACAUCAAUAGUGUUCAAACGAGAACAGGCCUUUUAAAGCUAAUGUUCUAUUCUAUUUCUAUACUUUCGUAAACUGGAACAAAGUAAGGGACUGGUUAUUAAUAAUGGGAGGGGGCGGUGGCAGCUUCAACUAUUUUUGCCAGAAUUGGAGACGACCUCAAACUGAAAAAAUGUGACAUGGGGCAACCCCAAUUUUUUUAAUGCUUUCCUACUCAUUUUCAACCUCUCGCCUUUAUCAUAUACUACAAAAUAUUUCACCUUUUUGGUUCCUAUAAUCGUAGUUUCCAUUGGAGUCAAGUAAACCAUAGGAGUUCACCAUAGGAGUCAAGUAAAUAACAACCAUUUCGAAUACUGGUCCUCUAAUCAUUUAGGCUACACAAUGUCUUACAUUAGUACUUGUCCCACUACCUAUUUUACACCAAAAAUGUAACAAAUUAAAUGUUGGAAGGGGGUUCCUAAAUUUUCUAGAUGAAAGUGGGGCAUCUAUAGGUCUUGUGAUUGGGGCGUCUCUAAAAAAAGUCCAAUAGUUGGUACUUAUCACCCACCGCCCCCUCUCUCGUUAUCAAUGAUCGGUCCCUAACUAGGCAUGCAAAGUUGUUAAUUGGUUAUAAACAAAUAGAUCGAUAUAUUUUCUACUCCAUACACUGAAUACAGUGUACUGUAGCCAUAGUCAACGAGGACGGUCAUGAAAUUGAAACAAUCACAAAGUUAAUAAUUAUUUUGAUAAUGUAUCUAAAUGAAUAAAUUGAUUACAUUAAACCAUUGAAAAAUACAUUUCAAUGAAUUAAACUGAUUCGACUGUCCUUUGAAUGUUUGAUGAAAGAAAUCUGGAUUGUGUAAACUAAACUGGAUUUGAUUUUUU